CAAUAUUAAACUUACAAAAAUAAUCUAAUGUUCCAUCAAUUUUAUAAAAGCAUCAUAGAUUGCUGGUGGUAAAGUAAAAAUUUGCAAAUCUCAGCCUCAUCCAAUUCUAGGCGACACUGAGAAAAAGAAAGUGUGCAGCGUGAUGGAUUGCCAUAAGUUAUCACGAGAUGCGUGUGCUAACGCAGCUCAAAACGACAGGCUUCCUGUUCAAACUGUGGUUCAAGUUCUCUACUAUGAACAACAACGACUUCGCGAUUCCAUGGAUGGUAGUGUAGGUUGGGAUUCUCCUAAUAAUUUUCGUGACAAGGUGAAUCUAUCCCCCAACGAGCUUAAUCCAAUGUCAAACGAGUUCUCCAUCUUACGAAGAGAAAACGAAGAUCUGAAACUAGAGAUAGUGAAGUUGAGAAUGAAACUAAAAGAGGUCGAAAGAUCUUCCCUUAGAUCAGCAUCAAGCAGUCCUGUAAUAUAUGGUUCACCCUCCGCUGAUAAGCCUCCUCUCCCUAGAAAAUCGUUCAUCAACUUAGUGUCUAAAAAACUUGGACGUCUUUCUCCUUUUUCACGUGGCGGUUCUGCCACCAAGAACUUUAACGUGUAA